UGCCAAGCAGCUCGCAUCGCCGUGCUUUUCGUCCGUCGUCCCACGUACAUGCACACCUACACGCCUGUAUCGCCCAAAUACAUAUAAGCAAGCGUCGCGCGCGAGUGCGUCACGAUGCCGACUAUCGCGACGAUAGUUACGUGCAGUGCAGUGUGUGAUUGACGACCAAAUAAAUAUAUAUUCAUACAUACAUAUAUAUAUAUAUUUAUAUAUAAUAUAUGCAGUAUAUGUAUGCCUAUGUACGAGUGUGCAUUCUGACUGUGCUCGGUCCGAUGCUUGCGGUUGUGCCAGUGUGACUUUAAUUUAACGAAGUGGAAAGCGAAGACAGACGCACAGAUAAGUGUUUUGCAGCGGAGCGAGCGCCAGAUGCUCGCGCGGGUCUGAAGCGCGCAGAGGAAGGCCGCCAGGAUCGUCGGAGAGCAGCAAGGAGGCGAGUGGCGCUCGGCAGAUCCGUCCCUGAUCCGGCUCUUAUAUUGCGCUCGCACGUCGGUUGCGCGCGCAAUAUAAGCUCGACAAGGCCGCGAAAAUUCUCGACUACGCGAUGGACAUGAGCAGCGAAUCGAGCGCGGCGCGCUGGUACGAGCCGCCGCGGAGCCUCGAGGCUGCGGCGACGAGCUCGGCGGGCGGCGGCGGCGGCGCCACGAGCGCCUCGGCGGCCAACGCCGGCAGCCACCCCGCCAACGCCGCGGCCAGCAACGACUACCGGGCGUACUACCCCGGCCCCACCCAUCACCCCGCCGCCCACUACGCCCACAGCAGAAUGUCGAGCAGUGGGAUGCCAGGCGGGCCCAUAAGCCAGGUGUGCCGACCGCACUUCGCGCCGUCGCUGCACCCGUGGGGAUUCGCGACGACGUCCGCCUCGACGAACGGCUCGUCGGAAGAGAAGCCUCAGAGUCCCCUGGGCUCGCAAAUGCCGCCGGGCAGCACGGCGGCGAGCCUGGCGGGCCACGCGAGCGGCCAUCCGUUCCCGUUCCCGCCGACGCCGCCGAAGGACGCCACGCCGGACUCCAUCACGGCGAGCAGCAACAGCGCCAGUGCGGCCAGCAACAACAACAACAACAGUCAGACGAGCAACGCGAACAACGGUCUGGGCUUGGCGAGCAGCCAAGGCGACUACCAGGCGGCGGUGGCGCACGCAGCGGUGAUGGGUGCGUUCAUGCACCACCAGGAUCUCGGCACCACGGGCUCCUGUGACGUGAAGCCAUCGGUGAUGCUGGGGCAUCAGCACGGUGCGCCGUCACCACCGCAGCAGCAGCAGUCGCAGGGCGGACAAGUCAAGCAGCGCGAAGGUAAUCAGCAGCAGCAGCAGCAGCAACAGCAGCAACAGCAGCAACAGCAACAGCAGCAGCAGAAUUCGACGGCGACGAGUCAGGAUUACCAGAGCAAUCAGCCGACGUCGCCUAGGGAGACCAGCUCGUACGGGCAGUCGUCUUACGACCCCGCGAGCGCGUACAUGUACCAGCACUUGCAAUACCCAAGCCAUCACUCCCACAACCCCCACAAUGGUGCCACCGCCUCGUCCCUGUUCUCCUCGAGUCACGCUGCCGCGGCCGCGGCUGCGGCCGCCGCCGCUGCGGCUUCCGUUGUUCCCGGCCUCAGUCCCGAUUCCAAAUUAUUGGGUGGCCACGUAGCCGGACAAAACACUCCCAAUUCGCCGGGCUCGCAACAUCAGCAGCAGCAGCAGCAGCAGCAGAAACCUCGGAACAAAUCCAGGACGUCCGCCGAGGGCCGCGAAUGCGUGAACUGCGGAGCAACGUCCACGCCGCUCUGGCGACGGGACGGCACCGGCCACUAUCUCUGUAAUGCAUGUGGACUUUAUUACAAGAUGAACGGCCAGAAUCGACCAUUGAUCAAGCCUAAAAGACGCCUGUCACUGCAGUCGGCGGCGCGGAGAGCGGGCACGUCGUGCGCGAAUUGCAAGACCGCCACGACGACGCUCUGGCGGCGGAACCAGGCCGGCGAGCCAGUGUGCAACGCCUGCGGCCUCUACUACAAGCUGCACAACGUUAAUCGACCGCUGACGAUGAAGAAGGAGGGCAUCCAGACGCGCAAUAGGAAGCUCUCGUCGAAGAGCAAGAAGAAGAAGGCGGGCAACUGCCUCGGCCUCGGGGGCGUUAUGGGAGACAUGAUCAAAGCAAGUGGACACCUCGACCUCGACAACAAGCCAUUCCCAACUGGCUUCGGUUCGCCCAUGGGCGAGUAUCGGUCCUCGCAGCACCAUCACACGAUGCAUCCAGCGAUGCAGCAUUACAUGUACCACUCGGGAGUCGGAGUGGGUGUGACGGGCUCGUUGCACCAAGGUUUCGCGCCACCGGCACCGCCACCACUUCACACGCAUCCCCAUUCACACUCGCAUUCGCAUCACAUGACAAGCUUGCAGGGUCUUCAGUUGGCUGCCACGACGAACGCGAUGGCGGGUUGGCGAUCAGAGUACGCAUGAACGGCGAGCGUUGCGUACUAAAAAAACCGCCCAGAUGUCCUGCCACGAAGACGCAAAGCAGAGUACGAUAUACGCUCCUACGAGAUAAGGCCAGGGACAUGGACGGUCUUACCAAGCUUUAACAGCAAUGGCGUCAUUAUUAGGGAAUAAUGAUGCCUCAAGUACCAACAACUGGAAAUCCUAUCGUUACUCAAAACUAAGGAGACUUCACAAGGAAAACCAAUUUUCAGGAACUUCGUCGUUUGUUGUGCGUGAUUUUAUCGUCGUCGAUUUGAUCAAACGCGUGUGUACAUAUUGUAAAGAAAACGAACUCAAGUCGGAGAGAUUUUAAUCAAGAUUUUAUUAAGGGUCCAGCGAUAUAGGGAUGAAAAAAAUGGAGAACGAGAGAGAGUCCGAAAUUCCCCCUUUUAAGUACAAACGAAGCCAACCACUCAUUCAACACUCGGCGGAAAGACAAGUGCACAAACAUAUAAUGACAAGUACACCAAAAAGCAAUCGUACGCGACAAGCACUUACAGCCCCGCGCGAAGUGUUACUGAAGUCCUUACUUUUUGAAUCUGAAUCCGUGAAAUUGUUUUCACUGAAUGAACAGUCAACUCACUGUUGAAACAAGGAAAGCUUAAUGCGAAAAAAAUUGAAAUUUCACUUUCAUAUGAGUGAAAAUUCAAUCCAACUAAAAUCGUGAAAAUCCUAUUGAAUUAUUCAUGAUGAAUAUUGAAUAUUAAUAAUAUUCAUCACUGAAAAAUUAGUCACAUUUCAAUGGUUCUUCUAUAAUUUGUUGCUGAUCUAUCGGAGGAUUUUCGCUGUUUUAGCAGUGGAUUAUCGUUAUGUUCCUAGUGAAAGUCCAUCUGUAAACUGAGUUGUCACUGUUUCAAUGGUGAGUGUUCACCGUUUUUAAAUUGAAACUAAUUAUUGUUGUGUUAUAAAUGUUUUGUUAGUUAGGUUAAUCAAAAAUAUGAAAAUGUAAAGUAUUUAUUGUUACAAAAGGAUGUUUUUUAAAAGGAAUACGAUAAAGGAAUUUUUUAGGUUAAAUACGAAUUUUUUUUCUUCACUUCUUUUCGAUAAGUGAACAUUCCGAAUUAGACAUUUUGUAAGUUUUUUGUAUUAGUUGAAUAAAUGAUUUGUCAUACUUAUGUCGAUGCGAUUUUCUACAAUUAUUCACCCAAGCUCGCGGAUUAUAAAAUUAUAUGUUUCGUUGUUUUCAUCACUUGUACGCGAAUAAUUUUAAAAUAGAAGAUUUCACAUGAUUACUCAUCAAAAUAAGCAAUAAGCAAAAUACGCGUUGGCGGUAUAAGUUGUCACUGUUUUACAAGUGGAAUUCUUCAUCAUUACCAAAAACAGUGGAGAUUUCACUGAUUCAGAUUUAGAGUGAUGUGUGUCGUUGCAAUCGCCCGUCGAGUGAGCGAGUUCGCGAAUGCGUGUGUUCCGCCUUUCCCAGUCGAACCUUCCAAAGACUCAACUCGACUUUUCAGUGUCCACGACUAUUCGACUGAAAAGGUAAAACAUAUAAGGAUAAGAAUUCGUCUCUCUAUUUCCCCCGCCCCCUUGUCCCAACCGUGUAUUAUCGUGCAAUUUUCGAUUGCCAUAGGGCAAUUUUACUGUGCGACGCCCUUUGUGCUCUCGAAAUACAAGUCGUUUUUUUGUGUGUUGUAAAUGGUUAUUAGUGAUAUAAAUAGACAAUUGGUUAAAAAGAAUCAAAACGCAAAUUCCAUCAUAUUAUAUAAAUAAAUAAAGUAUAUACAUACAUACAUACAUAUGUGUGUGUGUAUGUGUGUGUGUAUGUAUAUGUAUGUAUAAAAUACAUGUGUGUCGAAUUCUCACUCUCUCCUCGUUUAGCUUUUCUUUUGCUAUUAAUUCGCUGCCGUUUGGGCGUUGGCAUUUUGAUAUGAUAUGUGCGCGUUCAAAAAUGCCAAGCUGUCAUCAAUUUUCGAGAUAAUACAUAGUCAGACUCAAAGAGCGAGAGAGAGAGGGAGAGUGUAAAUUUUGUAUCGUGUUUUACGAUUAAUUGUAUAAUGAAAUAAUUAGUGUGCGAAAACAAACCCAUACGUACCCUCCUAUCCGCCACUUGUGCAUACCGGACAAAAGACAACUCCAAUUAUAGCAAAGCUCACACUCACUGAAAACACACAAGGUAUCGCAGUAAUAAUACGCUAUAAACAUAGAUAGUCAAAAGUAUUAAGAGCAAGUUAAUUAUUAAUUAUUGCGCAAAACAAAAUAGAUCGAACGACUUUAAUUGGAGCGUGAGAGAGAGAGAGAGAGAGAGAGAGAGAGAGAGAGAGAGAGAGAGAGAGACGAUGCCACAUCGAGACAUUGUGAUUCAUGAUUUCUUCAAAUCGCUAAAUGCAAAUCAGUCGCUGUUCGUGUUAGGUCGCGCGCGAGGGAGGUAAGCGAACGACUCCUUUUCCAAACGAAGAACUAACAAACAAAAAAAUGCACGUAAGAAAGACUGAUGAUUAGUUUGCGAGAGCUUCGCAGAUUUUUUAUUUGGAAAACGUAUCACACGAGUCGUAUCGCGCGCCAAUGCCACCUCCCGAAGACAUAAUAAAUCACGUCUCCGUAGUAUUAAACGUGUAGGGAGCACGAGGAGAAAUGCUGUCAUGCUCGGGAUGUAAAAAGUUUCAUUGUAAGAUAUGAUUGUAUAAAAAGUUUUAACUUAAAAAUAAAUUAAACGAUAAUUAUCGUACAGCAGUAA